AAAGAAAGAAAGAAAGAGGGAAGGAGAGAGAAAGAAAAGAAAGAAGAGAAGAGAAUAGAGAGAAUAAUAAAACAUAGAGAGAGAAACAGAGAAAGAAAGAAAGAAAGAAAGAAAGAAAGAAAGAAAGAAAGAAAGAAAGAAAAAGAAAGAAAGAGGGAAGGAGAGAAAGAGAGUGAGAGAGAAAAAGGAAAGAAGAGAGGCAGGGAGAAAGAAAGAGUGUAACAGAGAUAAAGAGAGAUAGAGAACAAAGGACAGAAGAAAUAAGGGAGAGAAAGAAUGGGUCAGAGGAAAGUAAAAUAAAUUGAUGGGUUGAGUUAUGGGUAAUGACAGAUGAAAGAAAGAAAGAGAGAGAGAGAGAGGAGGAGAGAGAGAGAGAGAGAGAGAGAGAGAGAGAAAGAAAGAAAAAGAAGAUAGAUAGAUAGAUAGAUAGAUAGAUAGAUAGAUAGAUAGAUAGAUAGACAAUA